GCAGGACUAGAUGAUGUUCAUUCAUCAGAGUCGAAACAAAUCUCGCUUCAGUAAUUCCUAGAGCGAGGUAACAAAUGACCCGUUAACUCGCACCCGCGAGUUAGCCGUCCGGCCGGCCGGCCGGGCGGUUAACUCGCGGUUAGAAGUGUAGACAAAUCGAAUUGUCGUGGUGCAAAUCUACCCCGAAGUGCUCGCCGAUCUUCGAUUCAAAUUUGUGCUACCAUUCGCUUUGUCUACAUUUCUAACCGCGAGUUAACCGUCCGGCCGGCCGGGCGGACGGCUAACUCGCUGGUGCGAGUUAACGGGUCAUUUGUUACCUCGCUCCUACAGAGUUGCUGUUGCUCUCGUGCGCGAGUGGUAUUUUGAAUAACACUCGCCAAAGUUACCUUUCUAUUUUGACUCGCAGUGCCAUGAUUGCGAUUGCUACUUUUGCUUUUCUGUUUCAUUUUGGAAAGUAGUGAGUUUCUCCUAUAUCCCAUUCUCGUAGUGGUGCUCUCGUCAUACAACUCCCAGCUGAUAAGCGGACUAUCUAUAUCUAUUGACUGCUCGCGCUUUAAAAGUACUCUGGAACUGGAUAUAGACAACAGGAAAGAGGCUUGAUCUAGCUACCUGUAGUACUCAGAAAUGGGGGCGCGCGCUCCCCCUCGGCUCUGUAGUGACAUGAUCGGAGGCAUUACGCAUACUAGGGAAAUAAACGAAAACCUGACUCGUCGAUGGGUAGUGGUAUUCGUGUGCGUCUGUAUUAG